GAAGAAAAGGGUCCUUGAGACGUCGGCCUGCUGUCGACUCGAUUGCCGAUCGCCGGGAGAAGCGACACAAACACCAAGUGCUUAAGAUGUAGAUACGUGGGGCCUUACGGUUACUAUUUUCCUUAGUGCCGUACUUACCUUAUGGGAACUUGAAGGAUCUUGAGGGAUCCAGGUGGAGAGUGGGGAUCAGAGAAAACAAGACUCAAUAUUGGAAAGAUCAGAGGUACCUGGGCAUCGGGGAUGACAAUCGUGGAAAGUAAGUCUUUAAGAUAAAAGGGGCAACCGCAACCAAGACGGAGCAGAAGAUGUUGAUGUCCACCAUCACUUCACCCACCCUUAUCACCCAGAGAACGCAGCAGCCGUAAUCCACCAUGCGGUUGACGGCAUCUAUCCUCGCAACAUGGCUGCAGCUGUCUGCCGUCCUGGCUAAGAAGCCCAACAUUGUCUUCGUCCUGACGGAUGACCAGGACAUGCACCUGCAGUCCAUGGACUACGUUCCCCUGAUCAAGAAGCACCUCACCGACAAGGGCACUUCCUACAAGCGGCACUACUGCACUACAUCGCAAUGCUGCCCUUCAAGAGUCACGCUAUGGACCGGCAAGCUCGCCCAUAACACCAAUGUUACCGACGUGCUCCCCCCCUGGGGUGGUUAUCCUAAGUUCGUUGACCAAGGUCUCAAUGAGAACUGGCUGCCUGUGUGGCUACAGGAGGCCGGCUACGAUACCUACUAUACGGGCAAGCUCUUCAACUCCCAUUCGGUAGACAACUACGACAAACCAUUCCCUGCUGGCUGGACCGGGUCUGACUUCCUGCUCGACCCGUUCACAUAUGCCUACAUGACCCCGUGGUACCAGCGCAACCGUGAACCCCCCGUUGCUUACGAUGGCAUCAAUACGCAGACCCUUAUCUCGGGAAAGGCACUUGGCUUCCUCGACGACGCUAUUUCCAAUCCGGACAAGCCUUUCUUCAUCGGCAUCGCGCCCAUCGCCCCGCAUUCCAACAUGUACAUCGAUGAGAACGAUGUUCGCCACUGGGGUCCUCCCAUCCCCCUAGACAAGCAUGCCCACCUUUUUCCCGACGCCCAGGUCCCCCGUACGCCCAACUUCAACCCAGACAUCGAGUCAGGCGGUAGCUGGGUGCGCGGCCUGCGAAAGCAGGAUGACGACGUCGUCGAGUACAACGAUCACUACUACCGCGAGCGCCUCCGCUCACUGCAGUCGGUCGACGAGCUGGUCGACGACGUUAUCAAGCGGCUCGAGGCGGCGAAACUGCUGGAUAAUACGUAUAUCAUUUACACUAGUGAUAACGGCUUCCACAUCGGGCAGCACCGCAUGCAGCCCGGAAAGAUGUGCGGCUACGAGGAAGAUAUCAACGUGCCGCUGAUCAUCCGCGGACCCGGCGUCCCUAAGGGCGAGGUAUCUAACGUCGUUACUGCCCACGUCGAUCUGGCCCCGACCAUUAUGCAGCUGGCUGGCAUCCCGUUGCGCGACGAUUUUGACGGCGCUGCCAUCCCGCUAACAAAGCCUGAGCAGAAAAAGGCCGUGAACAAACGCCAGGAGCACGUUACGGUCGAGUUCUGGGGCAUGGCCUACAUGGAGGGUGGCGUCGUGUUCCGCGGUGGUGAGACCGACGUCGUUCUUAACAAUACUUACAAGUCGCUGCGCGUCAUCGACGUUAAGAAGAACGACUACAACUUCUACUAUUCCAUCUGGUGUAACAAUGAGCACGAGCUGUACGACAUGAAGACGGACCCCUACCAAAUGACCAACCUUCUUCACCCCACCGCCAAACCUCCCAAGACCAUCCUGGGCCGGCCCUUCGAGGCCGUGGUUGCGCGCCUCGACGCGCUGCUUUUCGUCCUUAAGUCGUGCAAGCAGAAGACCUGCGUUGAGCCCUGGCGCGCGCUACACCCAGCGGGCAACGUCGACAACUUGAAGGACGCGCUCAACCAGCGCUUCGACGACUUCUACAUCAAGCAGCAGAAGAAGGUCCGCUUUGAGCGUUGCGAGGCCGGACUCAUCAUCGAGGCCGAGGGCCCGCAGUUUGAGACGGAUGGGCUGCUUUAUCGGGAUGGUUCUUCGUGGAGUGAGUGGACAUAAAAGAUUUGGAUCAACGAGGGAACGGGAGAGUGUUUGGAUAGGUAAUUAUCUUGACUAUGCUGGCAUCUUGGAUCUAGAGAAGGUUAGUGUGAUAGCUAGGUACCUAGGUAUCAUCCGGUGAGGGGAUGGUGGACAUCUUCUUUUCCCAUCCACCGUAAUUGGGAUUUAAAAGCUCCAAACCCA